CGCGGGAAAGCGCUCAGUGCGUCUGUGCGCGACUGAACGCUCGGGUUUUUCCAGGGCGGGCGGCGCGCGCAUCGCACCCUGCCACUGCCCAGAGCUCAUUAUCCAGCUCGCCAUUAUAACAAACACACGCUGCCCUCCAACACGACUACCGAAUAUCUAUAACUAUAACAAUAAACAAAGUGACCGUGUGAGUGCUGUGAAAUUACAGGACACUCGGAUUGACUAAGUGUCGUUCCUGAAAUGUGAACAGCCCGACUCUGUACACACCAACAGGCGGAGUAGAAAAACAUCAACAACAUGACUGUGGUUACCAACCCUGCGUGUAUGGACGAUGGUCUUGAAGGCCAAAUAUCCCAGGCAUCUACAUCCGGUGGUCAGUCUAUGGCGAUGUGUGAAUAUGGCCAAUAUGGCGAACUACAAAUAGAUGAAAACUCUAGACUAUACGAUAAUGAAAAACAAAGCGACAUAGUAUUCGUGGCUGGCAUUAAUGGGGAUACAUUUCGAUUCCCUGGACAUCGCCGCGUUCUCGCCGCUACAAGCCCAGUUUUUGCCGCAUUACUCUCCACUAAAGCAGAUGUAAUAGUAGUCGAUUAUAUAGAUCGAAGAGGCUUUGAACAGUUGCUUCGCUAUUACUAUUGCGAACCUACACAGUUAACAUCUGUUUUUACGGCUAGAACGACCCUAAAUGCAGCUUAUAAGUUUCUGUGUCCUCAACUCGCAGAAAGAUGUGCCCGUCGGCUCGAUGAAAUGCUAGACGCCGAAGUAGCGUUGGAAAUAUUACGUGAUUUAAGAUAUUUAUGCGCAAGGCUACCAGGAGCUGCUUCGGCACCUCCAUUGCCUGCACUUGAGAGCGAUGCUGCUGCUAGAACGUUAGCGCAUUGCGCUAUGUGGUGCGAUUCACUUGCACACAAUGCACUACUGGUAAUCGAUGAUAAUGCAGAUGCAGCACUCACUCACGAAAAACUUGAGGAUCUCACAUAUGAGGAUUUUGCGUUAAUAGUAAAACGCGAUACUCUACGGGUAUCAAGUGAACUUGUUUUAGCAGAAGCGCUUGCUCGCUGGAGUACAGCUGCUUGCAAACGAACAAAGCGUGAAUUAACACCGGCUAACAAACGAGCUGCGCUCGGUGAACUGGCAUAUUGUCCACGGUACUUACUUCUCGCGGGAGAAGAAUUAGAUAGGGCUCUGGCUUUAGAAUUGUUAGAGCCGAUAGAACGUGCUUUAGUGUUAGCACGUGCACGAAAACUAUCGGCUCCUGUUCCCGUUGGUGCUGAACAAGAAGCAAUGCUUCGACGAUGGGCACAUCCUCGACCGGCUGAGCCUGCUGCUGCUCCUGUAUCUUUGAGUCCACGGUCUGAGACAGUGGAUGAGCCUAAACCCAGCAAAUUAUGUGGACGUCGACCGAAAAAACUAAAACAACCAUGCUUUGAGCCGGAAGAAUCCAGAAUACCAUCUAGGAACAACUGUUGCUCUGAUUGCUUCCAUGGAUUAAUUCAUGCGUUUGUUUGUUUAUUUGAUUAAGUCCAUCAAAUAAACAAAAGAAUAGUUAUAAAGCGAGAUAGACAAAGACCAUGAAUAUUUUAGUCCUAAUCUAUCUUAGUCUAGUACCUAUAUUCAAAUAAAAAUGUGAUGAGUUGUGUUUUAAAUAAUAUUCUACAUUGAAAACAAAAUUAAAUAACAGAGUUUAAAUAUGGCAGUCAUUUAGAAUGAAUUAUACAUUUAAAAAAUGAUGGCGGUUAUAGGAUAACUAUUGCUUCGAAGCGGAGCCUCAAUUAAAAUUAAGGCAUCUGGGAUCUGAAACAGAAUUAAGAUAUGAUAAAUUGAUUACUGAUUGGUUUGAAACUGCUGAAAAUUAUGUCCGUAGCUCAGCUGCGAUAUUAUAUUUGUUUCUUAAUCCUUGUGAUAAAUGUAUUUUACUUCUAAAUGUAUAUUUUAAAUUGUGUAGAAAAGGUUUGAAUUAACGAAGAAGCGUGUAAUGAAAUUGGUGCACAAAUAAUUAAAAUAGGUUAAUUUCGUUGCAUUUAUUAUAAUUGACUUUUUUUAAAAGUAUUGUAGAAAAUUGUUAUUUUUUACAUGAGCGACAUUGUGUUCAUAUUAAAUUUAAUUAAUGUGGCUAUUU